CCGGACGUCUCUGUAGACGUCAAUGCGAUGUUGGUUUAGCCCUUUGUACAGUAUUAGCCUGUGCUCUAAGUUGCUUCUCACAGUAGCGGUAGAAUGAAUUGUAAUCACUGACAACACAUGGAACCCACAUAGCACAUCCCAGCUCUGACCUCUGACCUCACUGUGAUUGAAAACUCCUGCCAUCAGUAACCUCCUCAUGUGCAUCAUCUUCUUGAAGUUUGACCCUCGGCCUGCAUCCAAAAAUGCCUACAGGCUUAUUCUGGCUGCUAACAGAGAUGAGGUCUACAGCAGACCGUCCAAAGCUGCAGACUUCUGGGGCAGCAGCAAUGAGAUCCUUAGUGGUCUGGACCUGGAAGAGGGAAAGGAAGGUGGAUCGUGGCUGGGAAUUAGCAAACGAGGGAAACUGGCGGCACUGACCAAUUACCUGGAAGCACGGCAAAAUCCAGAUGCUCAGGGGAGAGGUUUCCUGGUGUCCAACUAUUUGACGGAUAACUUGGACAGUUUCGCAUACCUCCGCAAAGUGUCUUCAGAAGCUCAUUUAUAUAAUGGCUUCAAUCUCCUUACUGCUGACUUCAGGGCCAAUGAAGACACAUUGUGUUACUAUGGAAACAAGGGCAGUUCAGAGCCCAUUCAUCUCAAAGCAGCAGGAAUCUAUGGGUUGAGUAACUCUCUUCUGGAAACUCCGUGGAGAAAGCUGCUGCACGGCAAACAGCUGUUCACCAGUGUAGUGAACAAAACACUGCCCCCUGAUGGCUUAGUGCAGGAACUGCUCCAUAUCCUCAAUAACGAGGAGCUAAACACCCCGGACCCCACGCAGGAGAGUCAAGGUGUAGGCUUCAGCAAGGCCAUGCUCCAAGCCCUGUCUGCAGUGUGUGUGCGCUCACCAGGAUACGGCACAAGGACCAAUACAGUCAUCCUCAUCGACCGAGACGGAAACGUGAGCUUUACUGAACGCACCAUGCUGAACUGUGACAUCAGCCAGUGGAGCACAAAUAGCUUCCAGUUCAGACUGCAAGAAUGAGAGCCAGAUGCCAGGCCAAGAGAAGAAGACUCUCACGUUGUGCCUUUAUCCAGCCACUGUCUGCUCAAGCCACGCAGCACCCCAGUUACAUGAACAUCAAAUCUUAUUUCAGACUUUCCUGUUGAAAGCGGUUAUUAAUUGUCACAGCUCUGUUCUGAGAGGAAGCUUGAUUGCACUUUCUUAUUUUUAAGGUAUUUCUUCUUUCUAAUAACUAGGGGUUCAUGAGGAGGCCUGAAUCUACUCAUGAGAUGUGAUUUUUCGGUGCAUGUCAUUCACUCUGCAUAUGAAGAAUGUAAAACGUUAUCAUCUACUGAAACCCAUUUUAUCACAAACUGUCAUCGGUAUGAAAUGCCGUCGGACAGAAUAGUUUUAGGAGCAAGAUGUCUACUGCCAAAGAAUAAUUGUCAGUCAUUUGUGAGAACAAGAAAAUAAAACAUUUUCAUAAUCUUGCACAAUGUAAACUUUA